AUGGCGCUCGCGGCGUUGGUGUUGGUGGUGGCGACGGCCUUGCACGCCCACCGGGCACACGCGGGCGUCGACGUCCGGCCCUCCCAGGUGUCCGGGGCCUGGCGCACCGAGGUCAUCAUGGCGGACGACCCGGAGAAGAUCCGGGAGGGCGGGGCCCUGCGCGGCCUCUUCCGCCGCGUGACGAUGGCGCCCGACGGGGCCACCGUGGACCUCGAGUUCUUCAUCAGGAACGACUCCGAGUGCGAGCGACACGAGGUCCUGGGCCGGAGGACGGAGGACGGGAAGUUCAGCACCGACUACUCCGGUAAGAACUUCUUCGAGAUCGCGGCCGCGGACGGCGGGCGCCUGGUCUUCUACGACGAGAACGUGGACGGCCGGGGUCGCCGCACGCGCCUGGUCCUCGUGGCCGGGAAAGGCCAGGGGCUGACGGCGGAGGAGGAAGGAAAGUUCCGGGCGCUGGCGGAGGAGAAGGGGAUCCCCUCCCCCCACGUGGAGAACGUGCUGGACUCAGGUGGGGGGGGACGAAUGAAUGAAUGA